AGCGGUAGCCAGGCCGGUUCCGCCCCCUGCGCGGCGGCCCCGCCCCGCUCCGCUCCCGGCUUUGCAGCGCCGCCGGCCGGGCCCGCCUGUCACUCAGCCACCCCGAAGAUGGCUGCUGCCCUGCGAAGGUUGCUGAGGCCCUCGGUAGCCCGAGCAACUCCCUUGUCCUGGGGGGCCUGCGCGGCUGCCCUGCGACCCCAGGUUCCUGCUGCCGCCGCCGGCGGGAGGAAAUGCACCGCUCAGGCAGAACUGCCCCUUCCCCGGCUCCAUUUCAGCACCAGUUCUUCAAGGUUUGUUCCUGCCGUUACCCAGCAUGCCCCAUAUUUUAAAGGAACAGCUGUUGUCAAUGGAGAGUUCAAAGAAUUGAGCCUAGAUGACUUUAAGGGAAAAUAUCUGGUAUUUUUCUUCUACCCUUUGGAUUUCACUUUUGUAUGCCCGACAGAAAUUGUGGCUUUCAGUGACAAAGCUAAUGAAUUUCGUGAUGUGAACUGUGAGGUCGUUGCUGUAUCUGUGGAUUCUCAUUUUUGUCAUCUGGCCUGGACAAAGACACCACGAAAGAGUGGUGGCUUGGGCCAUAUGAAUAUCCCGCUUCUGUCAGACCUGACAAAACAAAUCUCCCGAGAUUAUGGUGUGCUAUUGGAAGGACCUGGUCUAGCACUAAGAGGUCUCUUCAUCAUUGAUCCUAAUGGAAUCAUCAAGCAUCUGAGCAUCAAUGAUCUCCCUGUUGGCCGCAGUGUGGAAGAGACCCUUCGCUUGGUGAAGGCAUUCCAGUACGUGGACACUCAUGGAGAGGUUUGCCCAGCAAACUGGACUCCAGAGUCCCCUACGAUCAAGCCAAGUCCAGAAGCUUCGAAGGAGUACUUUGAGAAAGUGCAUAAAUAGAUCAUCAAAUACAGCUAGGUGGCAAUGAAAGAGUCCUUAUUACUGUUACUUAGAAACCAUAUGCUGGAUUUCCUAAGGAAGCAACCAUGAUUGCAUUUAAGUGCAAAUUAUUUUUUUUGGUGUUUAAGAAAAAUUGUUAAAUGCUGAAACAUUAUAUAGUUACAUAAUCAACAAGUUUUAAAUCAUAUUCUUGGAGCUGUUUUUCCCCCCGAGAGUGUGCACUGCAGUCCCAUAUAUCUCUGUAUUCAGCCAUUCUCUUCUUUAUCUCCCCUGUGUAUAUGUGUCUGUGACUGAGGGGGGGAGGAGGAGUACUGGCCUUUCCUCCUUCCUUUUAAGCAGUCUUAGAAUAGAAAUGGUGCCAGGCUUUCUGUGCACACAUGAAAAUUGGACGAUAGACUCUUGUUUCUGAGAGCUGGAAAUACUGAGCUGUAGAGUGGAUGAUACAGAGAAAUAUCUAGAACAUGGUUCCCUUUAAUUUGCCAAUAGCUCUUUAAGCAGGGAUGGAAGAAUUCCUUGUACAGAUUAUGCUCAUGUUUUUUUCCAAACUGCGUCCACAUGCAAACUUGAUUUGGAGGUCGAAGUAACAAAUAUCUACAAUCGUUCAGCUAAGAAGUAUUGGAAUAUAGAACAUUAAAUGAAGAAUAACUGCAUUCGGUUUAGGAACUGGUGGAGAUGUGAACUUAACUCUAAUUGUGAUACAUUUACUGGCGCUUAAUAAUUACUGUUUUUGCCUUUUGAAAUAGUUGGUCAUGCACUUAAAUUGUCUGUUGCACUAAAUGCAGAUUUCCAAAUAUUGUAGUGCUUGAUGUGUAAUUAUGUAGGAAGAUUCACUAAGUCUGUUUAAGAUUUAAUAUGGCUUCCUCCUGAAAUGAUUUUGAGCAUAUAUUUUUUUCUUAAACUAUGAAAUCAUCAAUAAAUUAAUCUUAAAGCAGACUGUC